GUAAUUUUAUGGUUGGGGGUCACCACACCAUGAGGAACUGUGUUAAAGGUCACAGAGUGAGGAAGGUUGAGAACCACUGCCCUGAAGGAACCAGGAAUCAGGUGCUGGGUCUGCUCUCCGGCCUGUGGCCCCAGACUUUCUCCCUGAAACAUACUCUUGACCCUAUCUUGAGGGUCAACACUGAGCCCCAUGGAAGUGGCCCUGUGGCCUGGAUUACUACACAGGGUCAGAGUCUGGAAGUACCCCAGAGCAUCAGAGGCUGGCUCCCUGCAGUCCUGAGGUCAGGGUGGGAACCAGAGAGUAGGGCGGUGAUGUGUUGACUCUUGGAAAGUUCCUGCCUUGCAUCUGGCUUUGCAGUUUCAAGAGUUGCUGGCUGCCUCUGCCCAGAGCCCUGGCUCCUGUUUAAUAUUCUGCUGCCUGGUUGAUGUUGUGCUUGGCUCCUGUGGGACUGCAACUCACGGCUGGAAACUGGAGCCAAUUUUCUGUCUUCAUCUCGCAGUGUUUUGACUGGAGGCAGAUCCAGUUCAGGCCGAUCGGGGCUGUGGAAACAACUACCGAGUGUCUGUCUGCUUCACCCGGGAGGAGAGAGUGUGGCCGAGGAACUGGGAAGAGAGCAGAGUGCGGGGAGGACCCUAGGGACUUCUGCCCUGCCCCCGCCCCCCACUGAUCAGCAGAUUUCAUCAAAGGGGACUCCUAGGGGCUUGAAUAGAAAAUUGAUUUCACCUUAUUAAUAGAAAGGAGGCACAGGGGCCUGGCCCUUCCUCUUAGAGGUACAUUUGUAAGGUCAGGAGGAAAAUGCGUUUGGGAGGCAGAGCAACUGUCUGAGGGGCUGAGGGGAGCUGAGAACAAUAAGGAGUGGGCUCUAGAGGUCCUCCCUGAGAUGCAGGCUGCCGAUUGCGGUGGCCGAGCCGAUAGCAGCAAGAGUUUGCUGAAGUGUCCUUGGAAAAACAAUCUGCUGGUUUGGAAUGAAGGGGAGGGAUGGAAAGUGAAAGCCUCCCCAAGCACAGGAUGAUGCAGAGACCAUCCUCAGGCUGACUCCUAACCAGGGCUGUUUGUCCCACCUCACCCGCCCUCCUUUUUUUCAGAUCUGAGGCUGUCAGAGAUGACGCUGGUUCUGUCCAUGAAUAGAUUCUGUGAGCCCAUUGUCUCAGAAGGAGCUGCUGAAAUUGCCGGGUACCAAACGCUAUGGGAGGCUGACAGCUACAGAGGAGCAAGCCCCCCGGGGCCAGCACAGGCUCCUGUGCAGGGAGACGCAGGAGCCAGCCCACAACUGGCAGGAUCACAUUACAGGGGAAUUCCAAAUCCUAUAAGCACAUCCAAGGUCACAUACUUCAAGAGGAAGUAUGCAGAAGAGGAGGAUCUUCACCCACCACUCAGCAGCUGCAGCCAUAAAACUAUCUCCAUUUUUGAGGAGCGAGCACACAUCCUGUACAUGUCUUUGGAGAAGCUGAGGUUCAUCGAUGACCCGGAAGUGUACCUGCGGAGAUCUGUCCUUAUCAACAACCUGAUGAAGAGGAUCCAUGGGGAGAUCCUCAUGCAAAACAGCUGGUGCCUCCCUGCCUGCUCCCUUGGUGGCACCUCCGCCCAAGAGUGGUUCCUGGCUCAAGACUGUCCUUACCGGAAACGGCCCCGGGUGGCCAAAGAGGACUGGGAAAAGUUCCACACUUGCUGUUUUUAUCAGGAGUGUGGGGGUCACUGCCUGGAUCUGCCCCUUUCUGUCAAUGCUGGUGUCGGGAGCGCUUCAGCUGCUGCCACAGCCACAUCCCCCUCCUCCUCCCCACCCACCUCCUCCCCCUCCUCCUCUUCUUCCUCACCCAGCUCCUCCCCACCCAGCUCCUCCCCACCCUCCUCUCCCUCCUCUUCCCCUCUGCCGUUGGCUAGUUGCUCCCACCAUGUGGACUUUGAUGUAGGCAGUGCACCUGUUUACAAGAGCGAUGGCCAGAUACCUGCCAGUGAGAUCUUUGUCACUAAUGUUAGGUCCCUUGGUGUCCAGGAAAAGGCCAAAUCCAAUGAUGGGAAAGUAAGUCACGACAGCCACAGAGACGGUGUUGCCCUCAGCCGAGAACCUCUUGGGAACGACCUUGAUUUUGAGUGCAAAGGCCAAUUUUAUGAUUAUUUUGAGACCGGAUAUAACGAGAAAAACCACGUGAGUGAGUCUUGGAAAAAGUCUUUGAGGAAGAAGGAGCUUUCCCCAAGCAACAAACUGUGCUGCAGCAAGGGAAGUAAGAUGUGACCGACCUCCCGCCGGCUCCUGGACGCACGCACGCACAGCAUGACCGAGUUUUAUUUUGAAUGGAUUUUGUAGUUUUGUACAACUGAUAAAAUUAUGCAGUGAACACACUGUGUUGUUUCACUGCCUGGAGAGCAGAUUGCACAAAACAUCUGUACAGUAGGCAUCCACAAGCCACUCACUAAUGUGAUUUUGCCAAGGAAAGCCAACUUCAUGUUUGAAAGGAUAGCUUAGUUUUCUUUAAAAAAAAAAAUCAGUAGAUUAGGUUGAGGACAACAUGCCCCUGUUGUAUUCCCACCGCCCCUCCAGAGCCCAUCGAUAGCCAAGACAAGUUCAAUUUGUUUGCCAGUUAAUUAGGUAGUUACUUGGUAAACAAAUCAUUAUAACCAGCGGAGCUGUCUGCUUCUUCAAUACGAUACAGUAUUUCUUUCUGAGUAGAAGACUGAAGACAGGAAAACAGAUGACAUGGUUUCAUGAGUUGUGACGUGUUUGUAUUGGACAGGAUGAGACAAAAUGAAACACACCUACCAUACUCUGCGAGCUCCUAGCUUCCAUAUGAUGGUAAUGGAUGACUAGAGAAGUGAUGUACAGGGCUGUCUUUGAUGGGGUGAAUAGGGAGGUGUACAGGGCUGUCUUUGAUGGGGUGAGUAGAGAGGUGUACAGGGCCAUCUUUGGUGGGGUGAGUAGAGAGGUAGUGUACAGGGCCAUCUUUGGUAGGGUAAGUAGAGAGGUGUACAGGGCCAUCUUUGAUGGGGUGAGAAGGGAGGUGGUACAGAGGGUGGUCUUAAUGGGAGGACAAGGAAAGUGGUGUACAGGGCCAGUUUGAUGAUGGGCUGAUAGGGAGGUGUGGUGUACAGGGCGAUCUUGGGUGCCUUACUUUAUCUUAAUUUUUGCCAGUGUGAAAAUUAAGGAUAAAUCAGAGCUACAGCAGGGAUUUAACACAUAGGAAAAACACACAGGGUGGAUCCAUGCGGUUUGGAAACUUAACUUUGAACUGUUGUGUUCAACUUUUGAUUCGCCAUCCUCUUCCUCCUUUGUUUUUGACGCCCAGUGGCUGUGGGUCUGACAUUUUGGGUAGAGAUGGAGGAGACAGUAGGGAAGGCCAUUGGGACAGUGGAAGCUGCCUGGGCUUUUCCAUGGCAACGCACCGUUGUUGGGUCUGGGCUUUCUGAGCUUUGGGUUGUUUUGUUUUCUUGUCCAGUGACGUUCACAGCCCGUGGCAUGCGUUACAUACGUUAUACUUUGCCCUGUUUUGCAUCAUUUCAUGCGUUUAGACUCUUAAGAGCAUGUGGUUUCUAUAUGUGACUUUCGCUGUUGAUUGAGAAGCACAAUGUUAAUAGAUGACGUGGUGAUCAAUAUGUUUAUCUUAAAGAAUGUAAAGAUUGUAGGUUGCAGAACGUUAUUUUGGAGAAAUGGGACUCGCUCGUCAUUGUUACUGUGUAUUUGGCCAACACACACUUCAAACAAUACCUUGAAUUUGCACAUUGCUACGUGUCCUCAGUGGCACUGUGGCCCAGUCCAGCCAGCUCCUCCUCAUAAAAUGUAUUCCCAUUUCCAAGGCCAAGGACUUGGGCCUUUUAAAACGGUUAUUCACAGGAACCAAAUGCCAAAUGGAGGAAAUAGGUAAGUUCUCCCACUUUCUCCAAGAUGAAGAAGCUUUUUUAAUUAUUGCUAUUAAUAUUAAAUAGGUCUCAUUCAUACAGUGUAUGAGUAGAUCAUUUGGGAAAUUGUCCGCAAGGACCAAUUUUUAAAACAUGUUCCUGUGUUAUGGCUGAAUAGUCUAGUAAUGUUUUGUCCUUUAUUUUCAAUAUUUGAUGAACAUUUUGGUGUUGAAAUUUUAGGUGAUAGAUGCUAGUACAUGACUGUGUUGUAAUAAAGUGAGGUUUUCUUGAUAUAUAUUUAUUAAAAUGAUCAAAAAUCA